AUGGUGACAGGUGACCGUGACCUUCAUGACAUCGAUAUUGCCAAACCUACAGCAGACAUGCUGGUGACGUGCAUUGCUACACUACUGGUGCUCGGGGAGAGUAUUCGCCUUGCAGAGGCGGUUUCUUUUGAACUCUCAAACGUCACCUGUGCUGAACCGUCCCAUGUAGUUGAGGGCGCGGGAUCUUCAGUGACGUCAUACUCUCUGACGUGGGACGGGCGUACCCUUCCUAAGGACUGCAUUGUGGGAUUUAAUAUCACAGAUUCAGAUACAUUUAAACUCUGUGUCAAUAUCGAGACAUUUUCUUUGGAAACGUGUGCUUUUCAUAUGAAAUACUUUGAAGGUCCAUCUUUGGAUUUAAAACAGACAAUUAAUUGUGGUUCUGUGAAGAGGAAAUACUGUGCUCAGUCAAAAGAGCUUUACAUCAAGUUUACAGUGUCUCAUAAAACAUCAUCGAGAGUAACCAUUACAGUCACAGCGAAUGCUAGGUCUGAUAAUUCAGUUUUAAUAGCCAUUGGUUGCGUGCUUAGCGUAGCAGCGUUUGGUGCCUUUUUUGUGACAAUGUACGCCUUGAGAAGAAACGCCCACAAUGAAGGAAAAUCUUGUUUAAUAUGGAAGUGUCUUGAUGUGUGUUUACCAGUGAAAAAUCUGCAGCCGUCCCCAUCAGUAGACUUUACCUUACAAACGAUUGCCAUGUCAGAUGCAGUAUAUCCACAACGUCCAUUUAGGGUGGAACAACCCAUGUCUGAAGUCACAGCCGAUCCACCCCCUCCAUACGAACUCCCUCCACCGUCAUACGAGGAAGUUCACAAUCCGAAAUUCCAGGGGAGAAUUAAUAUAAAAGAAUGUGCUAUUGGUGAGGUUAGAACUGAGCUGACAUACACAGGAAGCAGAUUAUAGCGCCCUGCACCGGAUAUCCGGUUAUGUAACGAUGUGAUGUGUCGCGAUGCUCGGUGAUAUUUCUGGUUCUGUACUAUCAGAUAAAAAAACUUGACCGAUAUUGUUUUCGUAACCAUUUAAGUUACAAACAACGAUGAUCAAGUCACAACUAUUUGUUUAUAUUUUGAUUUUGUACUUUUGCUAUUUUUUAUAGACAGUGAUAUAUAUUAUUAGAUAUUUUGAUGUAACUUACUUGUAGAUAAUGAUGAUCCUCAUUGUGAAGACAGAGUUUUGUAACUUCGCAGGUUAAUUACGUACCGUUUUGUUACAGUUUACAGGUUAUUCCGAUCCGAGUUUAACAGGAAUUCUCAGAUAAUUCUAGCAGAUCAAAGAUAUUUCACGACUUGGUAAUAGAUGUUGAAAGUUAUCUUCCGAUAUUAAGUACAUGGCAAGAACAGAUACGAACCUCGUAAAGAGGCUCAGACAGUUUAUACAACAACAACACACUUCUGCUAACGCUAAUCAUAAUUCAAAUAUAGAAUGUGUGUCAUAUCUGAUUGGUUCGCUUUAACACAUGUUGUCAUUGUCCCUUUGUCAAAUGUUGUCAGAUAAGUAUUAUAUAUAUAUAUAUAUAUAUACUAAGAGUAAGGUAACCAUGACAAUGAUAUGGUAUACAUGUAUAGCUUAAUACUGGUCCCGGUCGUCCAUAGGCUUAUUAUAGAUAACCAGUGGUCAGAAAAAAACGACAAAGCAUGACUCCAACAAAAUUGGAAACAUUAUUCAACAUUUCACAGCUACGGUGUUGUUGAAACAGGUCGGAAUGAUAAAUUUUGAUUUUAAUACGCUUGUUGUUCAGUGGCAGAAAAUACGUUUUUCCCGAUUAAACACUGGUUAACUUGAACUUUUGACCACCAGGGGAUCGAUGGUUAGUUGUCAAUAUUACAGUGUGCUUCGCCGUAACAAUAUUCCGUAGUUAAUAGACUAGAACAGGCCAUUGUAUGUUUUAUUUCACCUGAAACGAGAAGUAAAUCAAUUUUAUUAUGAUUUACUUCACGUACCAUUAAACUGACACAAAUUAAAUUAUUCAUACCUCUA